AUGACCAACGAAGAGAACAAGCGGGGCAAUCCCAACCCCAACUCCAAAUCAAAAACCCAAAGCUCCAACACUGCAGCUCCAGCCCCAUCAUCAACCUCAAACACCCCCUCCACCCCCUCCGCCCCCGCCCCCUCGCUAGCAACCCGCAUCCAAACCUCGGCAACAGGCCUAGCAAAAAGCGCGUUCAACCCAGGCUCCGACCUCACACAUACCCUAGCAUCAAGCACAAGCAGCAAACCAGCUGGUCCAUCCUCUCUCCCAAACGCACAGACAAGUAGGGAUAUAUAUGCACAAAAUACUAUACCGCAGCAUGGAGGUUCCGGGUCCGGGUCUGCGUCUGCAUCUGCAGCACAAGCUUUUCGCGAACACGAUACAGCGACGGGUGGAUUCGCUCUACCCGCCUUGACGGAAGACGAGUUCCAGGGAAAUACAUACGGAUAUGAUGGGAUAGGACUAGGAGAUGAAACAACUGCAACUACAACCACAUCUGCAACUACAAAUCAAUCCCACGAAGAUCUCCAAACCCCCUCUUCAACCUGGAAAGGCAAAACGCGCGCCCACGACCCAAACCAACUCCAAUUCGAAACCGUCUGGCAGCGCCAAUGGCACGAAGCACCCAAGCAGACAACAGCAUAUACCUCAAACGCAGACGACGGUGCAGCCGUUGUCUCCCUGCUAUCCGAUACAAACUUCGACCCGAAUUUCGAGGACCCGACAACGGUCCCAGAUACCGAGAUUGAUAUUGCCGCCAUGCCGGCCCCGCUUUCUGCGGGCGAGAGGGAGAUGCUUGAUUCUUUCCGGAAAGGGUUGGGGUUGGACGGGGAGAAAGAGAAGGAGGACAGCGAGAGGGUCGGAAGGUUAACAGGGGCAAGCCUCGUUCCUGAUAUUGAUAUGUUUUUGAGUGGGGGUGGGAUUGGGGAGGAAUAUUCCAGGGGCUCUGGUGCUAAUUCUACUUCUACUUCUCUCCGCGAUGCUGUGUUAGCGAACCUUCCUGGUGCGGGUGAUUGGGUUGGUGUUCAGGAGAGGUAUCAUGAUGAGGUUUGGGGAUUUUUGCAGCCUGUGCUUGAGGAGGCGAGGAAGGAGAUUGAGGAGAAGGGGGCUGGGGGCGAUGGGCCUGCUGUGAGGAGGUUGAAGAUGAUUUUGAUGCAUAUGAAGGGGUAA